UACUACAUCCUCACAUGACCCUUCAUCUGGAAAUACAGUGAAUGCAAGCAGACAGUUUGCAGACAUCAUCUCAGGGCAGCAAACACUUCCCUCCUGGUAUAACACAUCUAUUCAUGAUGUGCUGAAGCAUGGGACCAACUCUCAUAACAGAUGGCAAACACAGAUGGCUUUCACAAAAACGGUUUAUUCAUUUGAAGUGAAAGAAAACACAGUACCAGGAACAGUUGUGGGAAAGGUGGGAACAGUGUUUGAGGCUCUCACGCCUAUCAAAUACUCAGUGCAGGAGGAUGACGGGGAGAACCUGUUCCUCCUCAACCCGUUCUCAGGGGAGUUCCUUUUGUCCCGCAGCCUGGAUUUUGAAGCACAAAGAUUCUACAUACUCACUGUGGUGGUGCAGCAGGGGGAUUCUAAGGUGUCCAGUGUCAGGGUGUACUUCAAUGUGCUGGAUGUGAAUGCCAACCCCCCUGUUUUCAGCCAGGAUACCUUUUCUGCAUUACUGCUAGAAGACACAGUGGUUGGAACUUGCUUCCUGGCCUUGAUUGUGUCAGAUAAAGAUGAUGGCGACAAUGGAGCCUUGAAACUAACAGUGGCCGGUGGAGCUGAUGAAGGAAUGUUCUUCAUAAACAGAGCUGGUAGUUUGUGCCUGAAAACAGAGUUAGACAGAGAAAGACAGCCCUUCUACAAUCUGACUGUGACAGCCAAUGACUGUGUCCAGCCUGUGUAUUUACAGUUCACCACCACAGCAAAUGUUAUUGUGGUGGUUGGUGAUAUCAAUGACAAUGCUCCAUCGUUUAUGUCAGCCAAAACAAUCAGCAUACCAGAGGACACUGCACUUCAUUCUGUUAUAAUGACUCUGCAUGCUGAGGAUAAAGACACCGGAUCAAAUGGGGAAGUUUUAUAUUAUUUAAACAACACUUCCAGUGGCAUAUUUAGCAUCGAUAACAGGAGUGGAAAAAUAUACCUGGAGGAGGCAUUGGACAGAGAACAAGUAGAUACAAUGACUAUUACUGUUACAGUCACUGAUAAAGGGUCACCCAGGAUGGCUACCACAGGGAACAUAACGGUGCACGUAGAAGAUGUUAAUGACCAUGACCCCAAGUUCUCUCAAAGCACCUUCAGCCUGACAAUCAGAGAGGACGCCCCGAGAGGAACCAGCCUGUUUCAGGUUCAGGCUCUCGAUCGGGACAUUGGAAUAAAUGGACAAGUGCUGUACAUAUUGACUCAGACGAGUCCGUUUGUUGUGGACUCUGUUCGAGGUGUCAUCACAGUCAUGGAAAAACUGGACAGGGAGAGGAAUUCAAACUACACCCUGAUCAUAACAGCUGUAGAUCAGGGUGACAUAUACAGAUCUUCUACUGCUGCUAUCAGUCUCACAGUGUUGGAUGUCAACGACUUUGCACCUAUCUUUACUCCUCAAACACUAACCUUACAUGUAAUGGAGAAUGAGGAGGCACCCUCUCAGCUGACACAUCAGAUCUCGGCAUUGGAUGAAGAUUUAGGUAUCAACAGCCUGCUUACCUAUUUUAUACAUACAGGAAAUAGUGACGGUUUUUUCUCCGUUAUUCCCAAUGGCACGUUUCAAAUUGUACACAGCCUGGACAGAGAGAAGGAAUCCUUGUACUCCGUUACCAUCAUUGCUGUUGAUUCAGGAUUACCACCUCUAACAGGAACACUAACUCUACACGUCAUAGUGGAUGAUGUCAAUGAUAACAGUCCAGAGUUUUCGGAGGAAGUCUACAACACCAUAGUGUCCGAGGGCUGCUCCACAGGCACCGUGUUUGCCAUGAUAACAGCAUCAGACAUUGAUGAAGGUCUCAAUGGGGAAAUAAGGUAUUCCAUGGAAAACCUUGAUGUGCCUUUCGCGAUUGAAGAAACAUCUGGAGAGCUGUUAACAACCAAAGUCCUGGACAGGGAGACAGUAGCCAUUUACAGGUUGAUGGUGAUUGGCAGUGACAAGCAUCCUACUCAGCCUAUGUCAAGCUCAGUGCUGGUUACUGUGCUCAUCGGAGAUAUUAACGACCACGGGCCCCAGUUUUUGAACAGCCCAUAUGUGGCCUAUGUACCCACAGAGAUGGCUCCAGGUUCAGUUGUUUGUGCAUUAAGAGCAACUGAUGAAGAUACUGAGAUGAACGCAGAACUACAUUAUUCGUUAUAUGGACAAAGUUCAGAUCUGUUUUCCAUCCAACCCUACAGCGGCACUGUAUUCACUUCCAGUGCUCUCUGGAGAACGGAAGCUAUCGUUGUCAAUGUACAUGUGGAAGAUGCUGGAGAAAAUCCUAAAUUUGAUGUCACUACGAUCAGCAUCAGGUUUCAGAAUGCCUCUGAGUUUCCAGAGAUUAAUGUGAGUGUCAUCAGCGGUUUUCUCUCUGAGGACACGCCAGUCGGAACGUUAGUGGCAGUUGUCUCUGCAGCAAGCAUCAGAGCUGAGCCUGUCUUUUUUUAUCUAGCUUCUGGAAACUUAGAAGACAUGUUUCAUGUCGAGCAAGCGAGUGGAGUUUUGACUGUGGAGAACCCUCUGGAUUAUGAGAACAAAAAGGAGUUUACUUUGUUGGUAGAAGCACGAGACUCUGGCUCGCCUCCUUUCUCAUCAUUUGCAGAAAUUCCCAUAAACAUCAGUGAUAUAAAUGAUAACUUCCCUCACUUCACCCAAGCAGUGUACAGGUGUGAAGUCUUUGAGAACUCCCCACCAUCCUGGGUCUGUGAUGUUCUUGCCAUUGACGCUGAUUCAGGCAGCUAUGGCACAGUGCAGUACAAUAUAACAGAAGGAAACACAGAUGGUUUUUUCACAAUUGACCCUGAAAAUGGUUUAUUGAGCACCACAGCAAGUUUAGACAGAGAACAUAUCCCGGAAUUUAAUUUAACAGUUGAAGCUGCAGAGCUAAACACCCCUCUUCACAAAGACACCGUAACUGUUAUCGUUGUUGUUUUAGACAGAAAUGACAACGCACCUCGCUUUUCACAGAUUUUUCUUACCGAGGUCAUUGAGGAUUCCCCAGUUGGACACACAAUUUUACAAGUCACCUCAGCCGAUGAUGAUACUGGUGCCAAUGCAGUAAUCUAUUACUCCAUAAUUGACCAAAGUGAUGAUUUGACAUUUAAUAUUGGUUUCACUAGUGGCUUCAUCACUGUUGGAAGACUUAUGGACAGGGAGUUGAAAGAUCAUUAUAUCUUGAAAGUAAAUGCAAAUGAUUCAGCAUGGAGCAUCAGCACUGAAGUCACUAUAAUCAUUGUAGAUGUCAAUGAUAAUGAACCAGUAUUCUCUAAUCCUUUUUACAGCAUUGUACUCACUGAAACAAAAGCUAAAGAGGUGUUUGUUAUGCAGGUUUUUGCAACAGAUGCAGACAUGGGGCAGAACUGUGAGAUCGUAUAUGCUAUAGAACAUGAACAUGAGCAGUUUUGGGUGAAUGCUUCAUCUGGUGAGAUCUAUACUAAGCAACCAUUGAUGUUACAUAAUUCUGCUUUCGAAAUCUAUGAGUUUACAGUUAUUGCUUUGGAUUGCGGCAGUGUUCCUCUGUACAGCACUGCCACAGUCACAGUGAGAUUAGAGCCAUAUAACUCCUACCCACCAAUGUUUUUAGCUUUCAAGCCUCUUAUUGCUAUCCCGCAUAACAUGGCUGUUGGUACUGAGGUGGUCCAGUUAACAGCAAUAGAUCAGGAUGUCAGUAACACCAGCAUUGGUAUUGAAUAUUUUUUGGAUGGAGGUAAUGCAUCGGAUUUCUUCUGGAUCCAAGCGGACAAUGGAAAAGUAAGGUUAAAUCACUCUUUGGUUGAGAGUGUAAAUAUGUAUUACACUUUAUUAGUUAUUGCAAAAGAUCAGGGCUUCCCUUCUUUGUCAUCACAUAGUGAAAUCACUUUGGAAAUUACUGGGAGAAAUCAAUUUUCUCCAAGCUUUAGAGAGCCAGAUGUCAUUUUCUCUGUCCCUGAGGACUUGCCGACAGGAUCGGUAAUUGGGAAAAUUCUAGCAGAAGAUGGGGAUUAUGGUCCCAAUGGAGCAAUCAUGUACUGUAUUACCCCUGACCAUAAAUAUUUACCGUUCUCUGUAGGAGAAGCAUCUGGGCUGUUAAAAUUGAUCAGAGAGCUUGACUUUGAAAAAGAAAAUAUUUAUUAUCUCCAAAUCACAGCCCUGGAUGGAGGCUGGGUCUCUAAAACUGGAACGGUAAAUGUUACUGUGGUAGUUAUGGAUGUGAAUGACAAUCCUCCAGUCUUUUCAUCCUCAGAGUAUAUUACAUCAGUGCCUGAAAACUCUGAAAUUGGAACAAAUGUCCUAUUUGUGAAGACAACAGAUGCUGAUGCAGGUGCGCAGAUAGCCUACUCUUUUAUUGCUGGCCAUGUGGAUAAAUUUGCAAUUGAUUCAAAUAAUGGCACAAUCAUCACUUUGGAUGUAUUUGAUUAUGAGCAAGAGCAAAUGUUUGAUCUGACAAUCAAAGCUUUAAACAAUGGUCGUCAUACUUUAUUUAGUUUAGCACACGUUGUCAUCCACAUCUCAGAUGUUAAUGAGUAUACACCUAUAUUCAGAAAAAAAGAAUAUAACUUUUCUGUAUUUAAAAAUGCUGCCCUUGGAACUAGAAUUGGAAAAAUAACAGCUACAGAUUAUGACCAAGGCCCUGCAGGUCAGGUGUUUUACUUGAUGUUUGGUCAAAACAAACAUAUGGGCUUUGAAAUUAACAAACAAUCUGGAGAAAUAUACACAACUGGCAGUUUGAGAAAACAAGGCAACAGUCACGUAGUUUUGAAAAUUCUAGCGAAGAACUCUGGUGUUAUCACUGGCAUGGAUGAAGACGAGGCUUUGGUCCACAUCAGUGUCAUCGACACAAACGAUGCACCAGUUUUUACCUCUGAACUUUAUUUGGCCAAUGUUGAAGAAGAUAGCCCGGUUGGGACAUCUGUGAUAACUGUGAGUGCUCUAGAUGAGGACUCUAUCUUGGACUGGAAUAGUUUCUUCUUCAGUAUUGAAAAUGGAAACACAAACUUCUCUUUUGCCAUUGAUUCAUCAAGUGGUGUUAUUUCAGUAAACUCUACACUUGACAGAGAGCUGUGGCCAGUUUAUAAUCUGACUGUUACAGCCACUGAUAAUGGCUCUCCACCAUCCACUGGAACUACUAAUGUGAUUGUCACUAUUGAUGAUGUUAACGACAACACUCCCAUACUCACACUCACUGAGGCUCAAGUGAAGGAAAAUCAACCUCAAGGCACAUUAAUUGCAACUUUAAAUGCAUUUGAUUCUGAUUUGCCACCAAACCAGGGACCUUUUACUUACUGGUUGGUUAACCUUUCAACGGGUACUGCUUUUUCCCUGACUCCUGAUGGAGUUUUAUUUACCACACGGACUAUCGAUCGGGAACAAAUCUCUUCCUAUCGAGUCCUGGUGGCCGUUAGAGAUGCAGGGGUCCCCCCACUUUCAUCAACAACAAUGAUCCACAUCAAGAUCAUGGAUGAGAACGAUAACCCUUCACUGCCUAGAAAUAUCUUCAUCGAGGUGAAAUACUUUGGCAGUGCUUUCCAUGGAGGCCUGAUCGGUAACGUCCAUCCUGAAGAUCAGGAUGAGUCUGAUACAUUCUACUGCGCCAUCAAAAGUGGACAACUUAAUAUGUUUACAAUACCUAACGGCACAUGUGAGCUGAUGUCAUCUCCUUUUCAAGGUGAGGCUACAUUAAACAUCACUAUCGAGGCUACAGAUCAGCUUCACUUCCCAGUCAACAACAGCAUCUAUGUAAACUACAAAGGUUUCACUAAUGCUACUUUAGACAGCUGCAUACUAUUUUAUGUGUCAUCAUCCUCGAUGGAAGAGUUUAUGUCUAAUAAGUAUUUGCGCUUUGUGAAAGCUUUAGACAGUCUGUUUAACCUUCAGGCCUCUAAGACUCAUGUAUUUGGAAUCAAGCAUCUUGGCAGUGAGAUCCUUCUAUUGGCAGCGGCGAAAAAUUACAACGGUCAAUAUCUUAGCAAAGAGGUGGCCAGUGGUAUCUCUGUAGGUCAUAGGAGAUUACUGGAGGCUCAAAGCAAUGUGAAGAUUACUCGCAUCACAACUGAUCCAUGUCUCACCAGCCCAUGUCAAAACGGGGCAACAUGCAACAAAAACAUUUACAUCAGCCGGGAUGUUGCUGUCCUGGAAAGCUCAGCAGUCAUCUUUGUGUCACCCCAGAAAGAGAUUUUUAAUUGUACAUGUCCAUCUGGCUUCACUGGGGAAUUGUGUGAAGAGGACACUGAUGAAUGUGAAGCAAAUCCUUGCAAAAAUAAAGGCACAUGUGUGAAUACUCCAGGAAGUUUCUACUGUCACUGUCAGAGCGGUUUCUCUGGCUUGUUCUGCUCUCCUGAUGAAGACAAAUGCCUGAAAGUGAAGUGCCAAAACGGUGGAACUUGUAUUCCCACGCAGGAUGGAUAUCACUGUCGCUGUGUGCCUGGAUUUGAGGGAGAAAUGUGUGAGCAGCCAACAAACCACUGUAGGUCAGGCCCUUGUGUUGAGGGCAGCUGCACCAAUUCACAGACUGGAUUCUCUUGUCAAUGUCCCUUUGGAGUAAGUGGAGUCCAUUGCGAGGAGCACAGUUAUGGCUUUGAGGAGCUAUCCUUCAUGGAGUUUCCCCCGUUGGAUCGCAGGACAAAUUUAAUCUCUCUAGAGUUUGCAACAGUACAGAGGAAGUCUCUGCUCCUGUAUAACCAUGGAGGAUCAUCCAGCAGGGAGUUCUUUGCACUGGAGAUACUGGAUGGGGCCAUACAUCUCUCUUAUGACCUUGGCUCUGGACCUGUGAGGCUACACACAAACAAACAAGUGGCAGACGGAUAUUUCCACAGUGUCACUGCCAGGAGGAUUGGGAAUAUGGGUUCUUUGCAUGUGGACAACUGCACAGAUGAAGAGAACACUGGAUUCUGUUUUUCACAAAGUGAUGGCAGUAGCUUGAAGAGAACACUAGAUGUUGGCAGUAACAUGACGUUUGGAGGAACCAAUACUUUUGAAUCUGUUUUACUGCAUCCUGGUCAGAUUAAAACCCAUGACUUUGUUGGAUGUAUUCGUAACACUCAUGUGAAUGGCAUCUUGCUGAGACCUUCAAUGGCUCUAGCAACAUAUAACAUCCUUAAUAGGUGUCCUCGGACAACAGCAUCACCAUGUCAUAGCAACCCAUGUAAAAACGGCGGUGUGUGCCAUGACCUUUGGUCAUAUUCUAUUUGUGAGUGCAAAAGCAUUUUUACUGGAAGCAACUGUGCUAAGGAAAUGUCAGAGGAGCUUGUAUUGCGAUUUAAUGGGAAUGAAUACAUUGAGUAUGUCAUAAAGGAGAGAUUCAAGAGAGACUAUCUGCUGAAAGGAUUGCUGGAUGAUAACAAAGAGGAAAACAGCAGAGACCAAAGAGUGGUUGAAAUCAAGUUCAAGACCCAAGAAGAUGGGGUCUUAAUAUCUGUUGUUGAAAAGAUAGGAUUCUCUAUGCUAAAGAUAAAAGACAGAAGGCCUGUGUACAUUUUCAAAGAUACACUGUCAGGACACGAGUCAGAGUUCCCUCUGGACUCUCCUGUGGCUGACGGAGUGUGGCAUGUCCUCACUUUGCUCAGCAACGGACAGACUACCUUUCUGCUUCUAGAUAAUACAUCAGCCUUAAACAUCACUGAGCACAGGAUGGAUCUCUCUCCUGUUCGUGUGGAAAAGAUUAUUCUUGGUGCAGCUGUGACAGGGUUCACUGGAUGUGUGCAGUACUUCACUGUGAGCGGUUACACUCUGCCUGUCAGUGGACACAGUGAGAUGGUAGAAGUCAGGCCAAGUUCGACUCUUAUCAAACCGGGCUGCAGCCCUCCAGCUGUCUGCCUCCCCUGCUCUGAGGAGGACACAGCCAGGGGGCAUUGUCUCUCUGCACUCUGUCAAAACCGUCUGGGUGGGUGUGGACGUGCUGAGCAGAACACAUCCUGCGUCUGUCUACAUAACGUUUCUGACCAUGCCUGUGAUAUCUGCCUCUCUACAACAGAGAGCCGUAACCAAUGCCCUCAGGCCCAGGUCAGUGCGCACCUGUGGCUCCUAGCUUUGAUUCUUCCUCUGAUAUCCAUCCUUGUGAUUAUAGGAAUUUGUUUUGCCGUUUACAAAGUGAGGCGUCACAAAGCAGAGGGUCAGACUGAUAACUCGCAACAGAAAACAGAGCAAGGGACUGGCAAUGUAGUGUUUUGCUUUGACGACAACAGAACGCUCACAUAUGCAGAAAACAAGAAACAAAACGUCCCGAUAAGGGCAGAUCAGCCGAGGUUGAAAGUGGAGUUUUACAGUGAUGCAAGUUUGUCAAGUGUUCUGCCAGUGCCAAACAAUGAGCUGGAGUAUUAUGAAAUCGGCAGCAUCUGUAGUGAACUUCAUUCAGACACUGCCUCACUGACGCUCAGCUGGCACAAGCAUUUGUACAGCACAAAGUGUGUGAAAGUUGAGCCGAAGCAGAGGGGAGAUCUGAGGGGACUGUUAGCAGGAUUUAAGAAAGAACACUCCAGUGAAGAGAGGGCAACAUGUCAGACAAAGCCACAAGAUAUUGCUUUCUUAAAUAAGCAGUUGUUGACUAAGAUCGAUUUACAGUAUGCACCACUUUGUCACAAGAAGAGGUUGGAACUAGAGUUCCUGGAUCCUGUACAAUGCCUCACUCUUGAAGAAAUUAGUAAACUAAACACUCCUCAGGACAAAACAAUGUCACAUCGAGAAUCCCUGAGGUCUGGACCUACCAAGUCCCACACGUUGAUCAAUGGCUCUUCUGACAGUGAAACAGACAGCACAUUCACCUGCUCGGAGUCUGAGUGUGGACAGUUUGCAUGCAGCUUCAGACAACAAGGCAUCCUACCUGUCAGCACAUUCUUAAAGCACACCUGUCCCUCUGAUGCAGGUCAGGAUAAAGCUGAGAGUGCUCCCUCUAGUAUGUUUGAGCAAUGGGGAAAUAUUUUAAAUAUACACCUUCCUUUUAGCAGCUAUGCUCCUGUAUUUGAGGAUAUAGCAUGUCUACCUACUGACCAAAUGUAUAGCUAUGAAAUGCAAAGCGACAUAGAGGAAAUUAUUUGAUGGCCAUUAUAUAGGUGUUAACGAUGGGUCAGGGGGAAAACAUAAGUAUUUCUGCAGUAUGUUCUUCAUUUACAUUUUAGAAAAAACACAACUCAUUCAUUCAUAAUGUUAAUGAGGGUCAUCAAUGUCCUGAGUAAGUCAAACGUAUUAUUCAUAGAUUUUGUAGCUGAUUGACUGUAUUGUCUUUUUGUAGGUAGCCUGGACAUUAUUUGUUGCAUUUAUUUGUUUACAUCUCAACUGGGGACAACUGGGGAACAACAACUGGGGAACAUCAAGACGAUGUUUUGGAGAGAAAUCCCUGCUCAAUUAAAAUUAAACCAGUUGAUGAAAGAGAGA